AUGGACAUUUCCGGGGCCGCCGCGCCUCGUCCAAUGCAUCCUUUGUGCUCGAAUGCCGAAUUCACUGCCUUUUCGUCCAUACAGGCGUUGAUCGCGGAUGCAGCCAUUCCAAAGUUUCCGAACGUCCGGGUGCAAGCGCUGUUCGACGGUCACACGGUAUCGGAGGUGUCCCGCUUUCUUGCCCGGAAUCUCCAAGCUGUCCUAGGGGAUUCGCGAGCAAUGCUGGUCACAAACUCGGACUACUUUGAGAUGACGAAGGACCACUCGCCUCUCGACCCACAAGAAAAACGACGCAUCGAACAAGCGGGCUACCCGAUGACGAUUACAAAAAUGUCCAACACGAAAACUCAAAUAGGUGUCACCGCAGCGGUUUCGGAUCUAUAUCUCACUCAGUUCUAUGCACGGUUCGGCGACACGAUUCUUUUGACGUGUGACGGUGUGUCGGUUUCGGCAAAGAUGGCGUGGGCUGCCAUGACGUCGAUCACUCGAACGCUGUCCGGCGCGUCGAAGAAUGCUGUGGCGGCUGCCUGA